CUUCCACUCGAACCUCUGUGAGGACGCUCUUCAUAGCGGAACACGUUUCUCUUUGGCCAAAGCAACAUGGUUUCACCCUGUGGCCAAUGUGAAUGUAAACAAGCGGCUCACCUCUGAAACGAUUAUAGCCGCUUUUCGACCGUCUGCUGUCAUAUCAUCUGAAUCAAAGCUCAAUGGCUUUCAGAGUGUGUAGUCGGUUUUUCAGAGACUCCGCCGUCCUCUCCAGACUGGUCGUCGUGUCUGCUCGACAGGAAAGUGCGUCAUGGCUUCUCACAGCGGGAAACGCUGCCUGCAGCCGAGGAGGGAGGAACGCAUUUAUCUUCACUCCUGCUUGCUUUAUUACAUCAGAGGCAUUUCUCAGCAGACUGAUGAAAGGCAAAGCAGCGGAGGCAGACGGCAGUUUUUAUCGCCUUCCAGCCUCAGUUCCGCCGGACAGUGGUGAACAAUUAUCUUUGUUACUGAGACAUCCAGAUCAGCCUGACAACCCAAAGGUUUUAAAAGUUGCCAUAAUAGGUGCCCCAAAUGCUGGGAAGUCCACAUUGUCCAACCAGCUCCUUGGCAGAAAGGUGUUUGCUGUUUCCAAGAAAGUACACACUACGCGGUCACGUGCCCUGGGCGUCCUAACAGAGGAUGACACACAGAUAAUUUUACUGGACACUCCUGGUCUCACCACUGUAUCAAAGGUCAAAAGACACCAGCUGGAGAAGACUUUGCUCGUGGAUCCCUGGAACACAGUCAAAGAAGCUGACCUAAUGGUAGUCUUGGUGGAUGUGGCUGACAGAUGGAUGUGCAGCAGGCUUGACCUGGAGGUGCUCAAAUGCCUGGCCCAGCACCCUGACACCCCUGCAAUCUUGGUCCUCAAUAAGAUAGACCUGGUUAAGGCUAAGGACCGGCUGCUGGAUUUCACAGCAGAGUUGACGUGCGGAGUGGUGAACGGACGCAGAAUGCGGAUCAGGCCAGUGAUCAAGCCUCCAUGGGCUGAGAAGAGGCCAGAGAGGGGGUCCGAGUUGCCGCUGGACGAGGACAACGCGGAGCCCGAGGGCAGCGCUGAGCCAAACUCUGUGCUGAGCAAAGAGCAGCUGAAGGCGCUGAAGAGCCAGCAGGGCUGGCCGCACUUUAAGGACGUCUUCAUGCUCUCCUCUGUGGACAGAGAUGACGUGGAGACACUGAAGAGCUACUUUAUGGCUGCGGCGAAGCCAGGAUCGUGGCAGUACCACAGUGAGGUCCUGACGGACCAGAGUCCAGAGGAAGUCUGCACCAACAUCAUCAGAGAGAAGCUUCUGGAGUAUCUGCCCCAGGAAGUGCCCUAUUCAAUGACACAGUCUGUUGAACUCUGGCAGGAAGGAGAAAGUGGUGAGCUCGAUAUUUCUGUCAAACUUUAUGCCAAGAAAGAUACUCACAUGAGGAUGGUGAUAGGCACGGCCGGCCAGAUGGUAGCACGGAUGGCCCGAGAGGCUGGUGAGGACCUGAGCCACGUCUUCCUGAGGGAAGUGAAGCUGAAGCUCUCAGUCAAGCUGAGGAAGUGAAGAGGAUGGACGGACUUUAAUGGUGAAGAGCCCUAGUGGAAACAGAUUCUGCUGGAUUUCAGAUGACUCUGUGCAAAGGACGGACCCGAAGAGUCGAACAAAGGAUAAGAUCUCAUCAUGACUCAGCUGUGGAACUGUGAGGUGGCAUAUAUCCACAGUGCCAGAGCUCCCACUGAGACGGACCUGUUAGAAGGAAAGAAAGAACUCUUAAUGUUGACUUGCAUCCUCUGUCUUCAUGCAUCAGCAGCAUCCUUACAUGCCGUCUCAUAAGACAUUAUUAAAGAUUUUUAUGUAGAGGUGUUACCUAUAAGGUGCUGUUAUUACGGUGGGGGAAACCUGAGGGGUGCCCCGCAACUUUGAGGAAAUUUGACACAUCUAAAUCGCUAAAGUGAAGAAAAUAUGUCCGUUAGAAACAGCUUAAACAAAA